AUGAUGGUUGCCAUGUCACAAAAAGAAAACUUCAACCCGAGGUCAAAAACGCCGCCGGCGCCUUUGGAGAGAGUCCCGUCUGAAGACCCCGUCUACGGUGACGAUGAUCAAGAUGGUGCCCAGUCCGUUAUGCAACCCGCGUUGAGCGCUGUCGCUACUCGCCUCACUCUACCAAAGACUUCCGCCGCUGAGAAGGCUGCGGCUAUGGAAAGGAGGCCUAGCCGCCGUGCUUUUGAUUCUGGCCUCCCAAGCAGUGAAGAGUCUUCCAGCUCCCCAGAGUUAACACCCUUUCCUGAUGAGAUACCCACUAAUUUUGAGGCCGAGCCUGAUAUGCGAAUCUCGCCCUCGCCGCCUAGUAGACGGCAAACCCUAAAACUACAAAAGCCGCGUCCAGCCCCAAAAGAAAGAGAUUUGCCUUCGCCGUGGCAUGCGAGCCCAAGGACUGGUUUCUUUACUGGCGGUGAUAGGGAAGGUCACAAGAGCGCCCUAGAAUCCAUAUCAUUCGGCCAGACGAGGCACAAACGCUCAUCCUCGACCGGGGCUGAUGCGUUGAAAAGAUUCUCAAAAGCGUUGCCUUCUUUUCCCGCUCCUUCCUCGAUAUUCAACUCGUUUUCAUUUUUUUCCGCUGCAGCCGAAAAGUCGGAGCAAAAGUUCGCGGCAAACCAACGGAAAUCUACGUUGCCCCAAACAGGCAAUUCGUAUCCCAACACCAGCACCGAGCUUCACGGUGCUGCUCAGCCCCAUCAGGUUGAAAUUCCUCCACAGAAUACCCACGUCAGCCGUCCCUCCGUCUCUUCCUCGCGUCCAUCAACGGCGAGGCCCCGCGCUCUUCGGAGGGUUACCUCAGAUGACUCCCUCUUGUACCAUUCCUUAUCCCGCACCUCCUCCAUCGGGGAUGAUGACGGGAGAUUUGAUCAUGUUCGGGAAAUGGCCAACGUGAGAAUGAAGGCCAUCAAAGACAGUUUACCAGAGAGGCCUACAUUCAAGAUGCCCAGUCUACCAAAGCUACCAUCAUCACUCAAGCUAAACGAAGAUGUGACGAAUGAGAUGCCGACGACAAAACUCGACCCAGACGAUCCUGCUAUCCUAGACAGAGUAUUGGAAACCCUUACCGGCGACAUUGUCAUUCUUGGCGGGUACCGUGGCUCGAUUCUAAGAUCAGCUGAACCUCCACAUCAUCAACUGUGGGCUCCUGUCAAGAUUGGACUGAACAUGAGGAAAGCAGACUUGGAGGUUGGUCUCAACCCUGAGGAUGAGGAGAGCAUGGAAGAACGCAUUAUUCCGUCAGGAAUGCUUCAGAAUAUUGGCCCCAUCGACAUCUCGAGGAAACUAUUCAGAAAAAUUGCUUCAUGUGACAACGUUCGCAAAGGAAAGCUACGGCUGUGGGAUUACGGUUACGACUGGAGAUUGAGCCCUCACCUGUUGUCACGCAAGAUGAUUGAGUUUUUGGAGAAGCUCCCAUCGAAUCAGCCGGACACUAAGGAACCAAGGGGCGCGCUGGUCUUGGCACACAGUCUGGGUGGUCUCAUCACACGUCACGUAGUGAACCAGAGGCCAGAGCUUUUCUCGGGAGUUGUUUACGUUGGAACACCUCAAAGAUGUAUCAACGUCUUGGGGCCCAUCAGAAAUGGCGAUGCUGUGCUGUUGAACGAGAAGAUCCUAACUGCUCAAGUCAACUUCUCAUUGAGGACGACGUUCGUCUUUUUGCCUGAAGACGGCGCGUGUUUCGUCAAUAAAGACACCAAAGAGGAAUACAGAAUCAACUUCCACGACGUCAAUGACUGGAUCAAAUACCGUCUCUCACCCUGUAUCGAAGCUGCCUUACCGCCACUAAACCCCAAGGAAAAGUCCAACACGUUUAGCUCCCUUCUCCCACAUCGGAGCCGUGCUUCGAGCGAUAAGAAGCACAAUCAUGCCGUCCCCCCGUCUCUCGCCGACGCUGCUCGACGAGCUCAACUUGCACGUGAAGGUAACAUGAACCCGCAAAUAGACAACAACACUCAGCAACAGACUUCACUGAACGAUACACCCUCGCCAUUUACCAAGGGAGUUCCAGGAACGCCUACACCGCCAAACCGUGCCAGGAAUCUUGCCUACCUCAAGCGCACGCUGGCCGAGGUAAAGCGUUUCCGCGCCGAGACGCAGUACAACCCGGCCCACACCAAAGCCAACGUCUACCCCCCACUUGGAGUGAUCUAUGGCAAAGAGAUCCCCACGGUCUACGCCGUCAAGGUGAGUAGUCGUGACGCCAUAGCCCACGCUGAUGCAUAUGACGACCUCAUCUUCCGCGCGGGCGAUGGCGUUGUCCUUGCGCGCGAGGCACAACUGCCAGAGGGAUAUGAGCUAGUGCGCGGCGGGCGGGUGAGCACCGAGCGUGGGCAUCUGACAAUGCUCGGUGACAUGCCCGCCGUCGGCAAGGCGUUGGAAGCCGUCGUUCGGGGCCGAAGAAAGGGUAUCGGCUUGGGGCACGCAGGUGCCCAGGGGACGCACAGAGGAGAUAGACGAAGCAUGGCUAGAGCCUAG